UGCACUUUGGAAGUCCAAAACAAGAUUCCUUUCAAUAGUUUCUCUCUUUCCUCUCUCAUUCUCAUUCUCUUUCUCAUCCUCCAAUUAAUGCCUUGUUUUAGACACAUUUUCUAUAUCAUUAUCAUUCUUCUUCUAAAUGCAAGCCAAAUACUAUGUCACACCAAGGGCAUUAGACCCAAUAGAUCUUCACAAGGGAUUCAGCUUACAUUAAACAUGACACAAGUCCAAAUCUCAACACAGCAAUUCUUGAAAUGGGUUGAUUUUGUUGGUAGUCUCAGGCACUCCCUCUUCAGUACUGCAAUCAACAAGCUCGUGCCAUCUAUCACUCUCACCGUGGACAAGAAUCCGGUCACCGGAGACUUUACCACCAUUCAAGAUGCCAUUGAUUCUCUCCCUUUCAUUAAUCUUGUGAGGGUUGUGAUCAAGGUUCAUGCAGGAGUUUACACGGAAAAGGUCAAUAUACCUUCAUUAAAAUCAUUUAUAACCAUAGAAGGAGCAGGAGCAGAGAAAACAAUUGUUCAAUGGGGAGACACAGCUCAGACCCUUGGGCCAAAAGGGCUGCCUAUUGGGACCUAUGCUUCUGCUACUUUUGCUGUGAAUUCUCCAUAUUUCAUUGCCAAGAACAUCACAUUCAAGAACACAACACCAGUUCCAGCAGCAGGUGCAGUAGGAAAGCAAGCAGUGGCAUUUAGGAUAUCAGCAGAUACAGCAGCAUUUUUAGGGUGUAAAUUCUUGGGAGCACAGGACACACUGUAUGAUCAAUUGGGCAGGCAUUACUACAAGGAUUGCUACAUUGAAGGCUCUGUGGACUUCAUCUUUGGCAAUGGCCUCUCUUUGUUUGAGGGAUGUCACGUGCAUGCAAUAGCACAGGUAAUAGGGGCACUAACAGCACAGGGAAGACACAGCCUGUUGGAAGACACUGGUUUCUCCUUUCUCAACUGUAAGGUCACGGGCUCUGGUGCUCUCUACCUUGGGAGGGCUUGGGGUCCCUUCUCUAGGGUUGUCUUUGCCUACACUUACAUGGACAACAUUAUCAUCCCUAAAGGCUGGUAUAAUUGGGGUGACCCUGAUCGAGAAUUGACUGUGUUCUACGGGCAAUACAAGUGCACAGGACCAGGUGCAAAUUUUGCAGGAAGAGUGUCAUGGUCAAGAGAACUCACUGAUGAAGAAGCUAAGCCUUUUGUUUCUCUUGGCUUCAUUGAUGGCUCUGAAUGGAUCGAUUUACAAUAAUAAUAAAAUCAAAUAAAAUUUCUUCCGACAUAGUUUUAUUUUUUAUUUUUAGUUUUAGCUAUUAAUCUCUCUAAAUCACACCUCAAAUACAUACCAUGUCUAGUCAUACCCUCCUGAUGUGUAAUUUUUCUUCAUAUCACAAAGUUGUGACAGGUUAUAAUACAUGCUACUUUUUAUAUUCUCAUAAAGCUGUUAAUCAAAAUGUAUUAAAGUCUA